CGCAUGUGUUUGAAUCCAGCGCCAAAUAAAAGUGAUUUUUGUAUGACAGUCUAUAAACAAUAAACUGAAGUGUUGUGCAAGGCCUUUGGAUUACUUCUAAAUCAUCUGGAUUAUUGGAUUAUCAUAAAAAACAAAUUCCCUAAUGUUCUACUUGCAGAGGACUUGAAUCUAACCGGUGUUUUUACGCCUAUUUUUGGACGCGAUGGGGUAUCGGGGUACUUUUGGUGUGUUUUUGGCCACGGUUGUGUUUGUCACUUUUUCCCCGGUUUACGUAACAGGUCUGGUCUCAUGUUCUCCAAAUCCAUGCAAAAACGGCGCGUCCUGUGUUUCUAAUCCUAGAGGUGAAUCAUAUUGCAAUUGUCCUCCAUUAUAUGUCGGCCAGUACUGCCAGCACAUGAAUCCAUGUCACACAGGUCCAGGACCAAGGUGCCAGAACGGAGGCACUUGCAAUGUAGGCCUGUCGGCGAAGAAUGGACCAACUUUCUCUUGCUCAUGUCCCGUUGGGUAUUCUGCUUCACUUUGCGAGAUUGCUGUCCCAAACAGCUGCGACAGCAAUCCUUGCCAAAACGGUGGCACUUGUAAUCUAGUCACUUUGAACAAUUACACGUGUUCCUGUACAGUUGGAUUUAGAGGUCAUCAUUGCGAAGAAGUCGACCAUUGUGCACCACGGCCUUGUCGCAAUGGUGCAACAUGUCAGUCCCGUCUCGAUAGUUAUAAGUGUACAUGUACGGAAGGUUUUACAGGCCAUACGUGCACGAAUGACAUCGAUGAAUGCAGUAAAGAACCUUGCAUCCAUGGCAGGUGCACAAAUACAGUUGGAUCUUACAGAUGUACUUGCGAAAGUGGUUACACUGGCCAAAACUGCGAAUCUCAGUACAUUCCAUGUGAACCUAGUCCGUGUGAAAAUGGUGGCACAUGUACAGCUCUGAAUUCCUUAAGCUACAAAUGUUCAUGUCCAGAAGGAUUCACUGGUACGAACUGCGAAGUCAACAUUGAUGAUUGUCCAGGGCACAACUGUCAGAAUGGUGCACUUUGCAUUGAUGGUAUUAAUACUUACACUUGUCAGUGCCCUCCAACAUAUACUGGUUCUUACUGUAGUAAAGAUGUAGAUGAAUGUGCUGUUCGUCCAAGUGUGUGUAAAAAUGGUGCUACAUGUAUCAACACUAUUGGAAGUUACUCCUGCAUUUGUGUGAAUGGUUGGUCUGGACCAGACUGCAGUGAAAACAUAGAUGACUGUGCUGGUGCUGCUUGUUUCAAUGGAGCAACAUGUCAUGAUCGUGUUGGUUCCUUUUAUUGUCAAUGCGCUCCUGGAAAAACAGGACUAUUAUGUCAUUUAGAGGAUGCUUGUGCUAGCAACCCUUGUCACGUUGGUGCUAUCUGUGAUACUAGUCCAAUUGAUGGCACUUACAUUUGUUCCUGUCCUCAGGGAUUCAAAGGAGUUGAUUGUACCCAAGAUGUUGAUGAAUGUGAUGAAGGAUCCCCUUGUGAACAUGGAGGAAUUUGUGUGAAUACACCAGGUUCAUUCCAUUGCAACUGUACCAAAGGAUUUACAGGGCCACGAUGUGAAAUUAAUAUCAAUGAAUGCGACUCCAAUCCUUGCAAAAAUGAGGGAACAUGCUUAGAUGAAAGAGGUGGAUUUCGAUGCGUUUGCAUGCCUGGUUACAGUGGUGCUAACUGCGAAGAAGAUAUUGAUGAAUGUUCUCCUAACCCUUGUCUCAAUAAUGGAAUAUGUAGUGACAGAAUCAAUGCUUUUAAAUGCCUUUGUCCUAUUGGGUUUUCUGGAAAGAAAUGUGAAGUAAAUGAAGAUGAUUGCAUGUCACAUCCUUGCCAGAAUGGUGGAAAUUGUACUGAUGGAAUUGCUAGUUUUACAUGCCAGUGUAAUCCUGGUUUUACUGGUACUAACUGUGAAACAAACAUCAAUGAUUGUCAGUCUUCACCUUGUCAACAUGGACAGUGUAUCGAUGGUACAAAUUCUUUCACAUGUGUGUGUGAUCCAGGUUAUAAAGGAUCACUGUGCCAAUACCAAAUCAAUGAAUGUCUUAGCAAUCCUUGUCAGCAUGGUGGAUCAUGUGAAGACCUUGUCAAUGGAUAUCAGUGCAGAUGUCGAGCUGGUACUUCUGGACCUAAUUGCGAGUAUAAUAUAAACGAAUGUUCCAGUAAUCCUUGUCGUAAUGGGGCUGUUUGUGUUGAUGGUAUCAAUGCUUACACCUGUCAGUGUGUACCUGGAUUUACUGGUUUGCAUUGUGAGACCAACAUCAAUGAAUGUGCUAGUAAUCCAUGUGCAAAUGGUGGAAUUUGUACUGAUAUGGUGAAUGGUUUCAAAUGUGAAUGUCCAAGAGGUUAUUUUGAUGCACGUUGCCUGUCUGAUGUAAAUGAAUGUGCAAGCAAUCCAUGCAUAAAUGGAGGCACAUGUGAAGAUGAGGUUAACAAAUUUAUCUGCCAUUGCCUUGAUGGUUAUGGAGGACAUCGUUGCGAAGUUGAAAUUGAUGAAUGCCAAUCAAAUCCGUGUCAGCAUGGCGGCAGUUGCCAAGAUCGUCUGGCUUCCUACGAAUGUUCAUGUCUGCCUGGUUACAGUGGGCAAAAUUGUGAGACAAACAUUGAUGACUGUGACAGUAGUCCAUGUUUAAAUGGUGGCUCAUGCAUUGACUUGGUUGAUGCUUACCAAUGUGUAUGUGAAGUUCCCUUUACUGGAGUAAGAUGCGAUACAGAACUUGACCCUUGUUCUCCAAAUAAAUGCAAAAACCAUGCAAAGUGCACACCAUCUUCUAAUUAUUUAGAUUUUGCCUGCUCUUGUGAACUAGGAUAUACAGGUCAUUUAUGUGAUGAAGACAUUGAUGAAUGUGCUAUCUCAUCACCAUGCCGCAAUGGAGCAACUUGUGUGAAUACUAACGGAUCUUAUACCUGUGUUUGUGCAAAGGGAUAUGAAGGCAGAGACUGUUUGAUCAAUACUGAUGAUUGUGCUUCAUUUCCCUGUCAAAAUGGAGGUACUUGUCUUGAUGGUAUUGGUGAAUACACAUGCUUGUGUGUUGAUGGAUUUGGAGGAAAACAUUGUGAAGCCGAUAUCAAUGAAUGUGCUAGUUCUCCUUGUCUAAAUGGUGCUACUUGUAAUGACUAUGUUAACAGCUAUACUUGCACUUGUCCUCUUGGAUUUAGUGGAACUAACUGUCAAACUAAUGAUGAAGAUUGUACUUCGAGUUCUUGCAUGAAUGGUGGAACCUGUAUUGAUGGAAUCAACAACUACAUUUGUCAGUGUACUCCUGGGUAUACAGGAUCUAACUGCCAAUUUCAUAUCAAUGAGUGUGAUUCACAACCAUGCCAGAGUGAUGGAACAUGUAUCGAUCAUGUUGGCUAUUAUACUUGCCACUGCCCAUUUGGUUAUACUGGAUUACACUGUGAUACAUUUGUUGACUGGUGUAGUACAAACCCAUGUAUGAAUGGAGCUACAUGCAUGCAGUUAAACAAUACUUAUGGCUGCACUUGUCAACCUGGGUGGACUGGUAAGCUGUGUGAUGUUUCAAUGGUAUCAUGCUCAGAUGCUGCUGCUCAAAAAGGAAUUGAAGUUAAAGAUUUGUGCAAAAAUGGAGGUACAUGUGAAAACAUAGGAAAUAGUCAUCGCUGCAUUUGUGGCAAUGGAUAUGAUGGAAGUUACUGUCAGCAUGAGGUAAAUGAAUGUAGCUCUCAACCGUGUCAGAAUGGUGCAACAUGUAAUGAUCAAAUUGGUCAAUAUUCUUGUGAUUGUCCUCCUGGUUUCCAAGGUUUAAAUUGUGAAUUCAACAUAAAUGACUGUGAUCCAAAUCCUUGUCGUCAUGGUGGAACAUGUCAUGAUCUCAUCAAUAAGUUUGUGUGCUCUUGCCCCCAUGGUACCAUUGGUAUUUUAUGUGAAAUUAAUGUGAACGAAUGUUUUGAAGGCGCAUGCCAUCAUGAUGGGAGCUGUAUCGACAAAAUUGGUGGUUAUGAAUGCCAAUGUCAACCUGGAUAUGUUGGCUCUAGAUGUGAAGGAGAUGUAAACGAAUGCUUAUCAGAUCCAUGUAAACGACCAGGAACACAGGAUUGUGUGCAAUUAGUGAAUGAUUACCGUUGUAAUUGCAAACCUGGCUAUAUGGGAAGACACUGUGAAAUUAAAGUGAAUAUUUGUGCUACUAAUCCUUGUAUGAAUGGCGGAAUAUGCAGUAACAGACCAAAUGGAUCAGCUAUGUGUAUUUGUCCUGAAGGAUUUUGGGGUGAGACCUGUGCAAUGACUAAUACUACAUGUGCAAGCUAUCCAUGUAAGAAUGGUGGCCAGUGUAAACCAAAACAUCAUGGGUAUUACUGUAUUUGUCCUGAAGGCGUAGGUGGUCCUCGCUGUGAAAAAGAUCUUGUGGAUGAGUGUCUGUCGUCACCUUGUCUUCAUGGUGGAGAUUGUAUUGAUCGAAUUGGAAAAUUUGAAUGUGACUGUCCUCCUGAAUGGAAUGGUUUACGAUGUGAUAUUUAUGAUUCUUCCUUUGGAGGUGGAAUUGUAAAUGUUAUACCACCAGAGGAUCCUCCUAAACAGUCUCUCGAGGAAGAAAAGAAAAUAUGCAUAGCCAAUUCUUGUGAACUGAAAGCAAGAAAUACUGUAUGUAAUGAAGAAUGCAAUAGCUUCGCUUGCAAUUUUGAUGGUGGUGAUUGUUCAUUAGGUAUAAAUCCAUGGAAAAAUUGCAAAGCAGGGAUAAAAUGCUCAAGUGUCUUUAAAAAUAAAAUAUGUGAUAUAGAGUGUAACAACAUGGAUUGUCUCUAUGAUGGGUUUGAUUGUGACCAGAUGUUAAUGCCUUGCAAUGAACACUAUGAUACUUACUGUUUGAGAAAUUAUGGGAAUGGCCUUUGUGAUAAUGGAUGCAACAACGAGGAAUGUAAUUGGGAUGGCUUAGAUUGUGAGCCUAAUCCUCCAGUUUUAGCUGCUGGUUCAUUUAUUUUAAUUCUUUCAAUGGAACCUGAGGUAUUCUUGAACAACAGUGUAUCAUUUCUAAGAGAAAUGGGCCAUGCACUAAGAACUAAUCUCCGACUUAAAAUGGAUGAAAACUAUCGUCCGAUGGUUUAUCCCUGGAAGUCACCAGAAAAAGAUUCACCUAUGACAAAGCAUUAUAGGAGCACUGGGACUGAAGUGCAUUUGGAAAUAGAUAAUAGACGCUGUUCAAAGCUACUGUAUGGAGAAUGUUUUGAUAGUGCCAACAAGGCUGCACAGUUUUUGGCUGCUAUUAUUUCCCGUCAUGCAUUAUCUACUGCAUUCCCAAUCAGCCAGAUCCAGGAAUCAGAUUAUGAUGAAAAAGGAACUGCAGAAACAACAUAUACGAGGCACUUGUAUUUAAUUAUAGGAGCCAUAGUAGUUCUGAUUGGUGGCAUAGCAUUUGGUGUCUUAAUUAAUGCACAGCGUAAAAGAGCAAGAGGUAUAACAUGGUUUCCUGAAGGAUUUCACAGUGGUCAACAUAGAAGAUCUAGGCGACGUGGACCUGAUGGUCAAGAGAUGAGGAAUUUGCAUAAACAGUGUUCAAUUAACCACAUGGAAGUUAUGGACAAUGGAUCUAUGCCACAUGAUGGAAGUCAGUGGAGUGAUGAUGAUAUGGACCACCCACCAAUGAAGCGUAUGAAGAAUGAUCGAUCCCCAAAUCCAAGUUAUGGGGAUACUCACACUGUUAUGACAACUGAUGAUUAUGAUGAUAAUGACCCAAGACCAUGGACUCAACAACAUCUGGAUGCUGCUGAUAUUAGAAAUCCAGAUAUUCUGGCUCUUACUCCUCCUCAAGGUGAUAAUGAUAUGGAUCCCAAUGGUGUAGAUGUUGAUGUCAGAGGGCCUGGUGGACUAACACCAUUGAUGUUGGCAUCCUUCAGAAGUGGAGGAUUUGACAUUGGUGAUGAAGUGGAAGAUGACGAUGGUUCAGUCAGUAUGAUACAAGACCUACUCAUGCAAGGUGCUCAAAUUAAUAUGACAACAGAGCGCACUGGUGAAACUUCCUUACAUUUAGCUGCUCGUUAUGCCAGGGCUGACGCAGCAAAGCGACUUCUAGAUGCUGGCGCUGAUGCGAAUGCCCAAGAUAAUACAGGGCGUACUCCACUUCAUGCUGCAGUAGCUGCUGAUGCCCAAGGUGUCUUCCAGAUACUUCUACGUAAUCGGGCUACAAAUCUCAACGCCAGAAUGCAUGAUGGCACAACUCCUCUAGUUCUAGCAGCAAGACUUGCUAUAGAAGGAAUGGUUGAGAUUCUUAUAAAUGCUGAAGCAGAUAUUAAUGCUGCAGAUGACCAUGGGAAAACUGCUUUACAUUGGGCAGCUGCUGUAAAUAAUGUCGAGGCUGUCCAAGUUUUACUUGCACAUGGAGCUAACAGAGAUGCUCAAGAUGUUAAAGAAGAAACUCCUCUUUUCUUAGCUGCAAGAGAAGGAAGCUAUGCUGCUGCAAAAAUACUCCUUGAACAUUUUGCAAACAGAGAUAUAACUGACCAUAUGGACCGAUUACCAAGAGAUGUUGCUUAUGAGCGUAUGCAUCAUGACAUAGUAAGGUUGCUUGAUGAGUACAUACCACCAAGUCCUCAAAUGAAUGUGUCAUCUAAUGGUCCUAUGGGUUCACCAGGACUUAUGCAAUCUGGUGGCAUGAUUGGAUCUACAAAAUCAGUGAAACCAAAGAAAAGACCGAAGCUAAAUACCAUUGCAGGUCUUCCCACAAAAGAUGGGGACACGCUGUGCUCCGAUGUGAGUGUUCGACGAAAAUCAUCUGUUAAAAAACGGAAAGAGCCACCACCAAUGCUUAUCCAAGGCAUUGAUGGUUCUGUAACUCUUUCUCCAGUUAAUUCACUAGAAUCUCCACGUACAAUUAGCUACCUAGAAGGUACUUCAUCACCUUUGGAGUCUUUAUAUAAUGGACAUAAUAUGGGAAUGUCCCAUCCUAAUCUAAUGAGUGUGGAUGGAAACUGCACUUUAACAAGCAAACAGCCACCAUCUUAUGAAGACUGCAUCAAUGCUGCUCAUCAAAUCUAUGGUGUAAUGGGUAUGGAUGUCCUUAAUAUAGGACUCGGAAACCAUGUUUAUGGAAAUAAUGGUAUGGUGACUAACCAGUCAUCACAACAGCAGAAUAUGAAGCCUAAUCAUCCAAGACAAAAUUCAAUGCCAAGUAGUAUGCCUCAGAACAUCACUGUACCUACCUCACAUUCUUAUACUAUGUCUUCUCUUACCAAGCAGAGACCUUCACUUCCAACAUCUCCAACUCAUAUGGCUGCAAUGCGGGCAGCACAUCAUCAGAAAACGGCACAGAUGCAAUCUCAUUCCAGUGCCAACAAUACUUAUGAUUAUCCCCCAAUGACUGAUCUUCAUCAAAUGCUCACCGCACCAAAGACAUCUGUAGCGAACUCUUCCAACAAUAUGUCUAUGUCAUAUUCUCAACCGUACCAUUAUCCAACACCUCCAUCACAACACAGUCAGUCUGAGGCAACACCUCAGCACUACCUUCUAGGUCCUGAAACUUACUUGACACCAUCUCCUGAAUCACCGGGUCAGUGGUCAAGUUCUUCACCCCAUUCUGCCCAGUCUGAUUGGUCAGAAGGAAUUUCGAGCCCCAUGGGGCCUACGAACAUGCAUCAUCCAGUGCCUGUGAGUGAACAACAGAAAUCUCAAACACAGCAGCAAGUGCAACAGUCUCAUUUGGGUCCAGAAGCAGUAUUUAUUUAAAAGAUUAUUCUGCUUGUGCCCAUUAUCAUUAGUCAUUUUUAUAUAAUUCAUUGUUUAUCAUUUGAGAGAAUAAACAGUCAGGUGCAUGUACAGAAAAUAAUAAACAUUAUUCUGCACCUUUUCAUUGACAAUUGAAUAUUUUUUUCAUGCAGAACAGUAGAUUAACAUGCAUUUAGCGUACAUGAUUACAGCUAUGUGUAUUGAGAAUCUGCCUUUGACUUUCUGUGUUACAAUCACUUCACAAUUAGAAUGAAUUUUAAAUGCCAUGUAUUUAUUAUGUGUUGUAUUUCAUUGUGUUGUUUUGUUGUAAAUUAUUGUGAAUGGCAAAAUAUAAACAUAUCUCAUUUGUAGUGAUUAAGGGGAAAAGAAAUGUUCCGGUGGAUAAUUUUGUCUGAGAAAGCAAAUAAUAUAUCUUACAGUUGAAAACAAUAUUUAUUUAAUACUUUAGUUAAGAUUUAUAAUAUUUAAUAUUUUUUACCAUAACUGUAGUUAAAAGAUUCAGAUUUACUUAACUUAGACUAGUGAUGAAAAAUCAGUCCCUUUCAUACUCUGAUCUGAAUCUCUAAAUUGAAUGAGAUGAAGUAUCAAAUUUUAUAAAAAGCAUUUAACACUUAUCACACAGUUUGAAAACCAACUUAGGUUACUUAGUUCUUUUUACUUAAUUUUCUGCAAAUGACGAGGAGGAAGUCCUCACUUAUUUUGGGCAACUAACUGUACACAUAUCAAAAUAAAGAUAUUUAUCAAUUAUGUAGCAAUCUUGCUUAUUCCAGCGCUUUUCAUAAUAGAUGAAUCUGAACUAAGAAAAUGAAUAAGAUGUUAAUCCAAAUCUUAAUCUUUUAUUGUAAAUAUUGAACUUUCAUUGUUAUCCCAUGUGGUAGAACUGAGAAUAGCAGAAUAUAUGAUUUAUGUACAUGUUGUAAUUUUUAUUUUGUAAUAUAUUUACAUAUUGCUGUAUUUAUUAGUGUAAUCAAUAUUUUAAAAUAUUUUGACACAUUAAAUAAUAUAAAAUGCAUUUUAGACAACUUAAAGAGGUCUUUGAAUAAUAUUCUAGAAAUGUGUAAGAUGUACUCUUGUAUUUAAAUUAUUUUCUUAGUGAGCCAGCAUAUUAUAAUUAUGUAACUUUUAUGCAUAUCUUAAAGAUAUAAAAUUGUAUUUUAGAGAAAAGAAUGACAUUGUUUUUAAACAAGUAUAAAGAAUUGCAUGGGCUUCCAACAAAAAUUUUAAUUUCUUAGGUGUCAGUAAUUAUCAUGAAAAAAAAAAAAAAAAAAAAACUGAGUGAUAAUAAAAUUUGAAAUAUGAAAUUAAAUUUUGCUACCAUGACAAUUUUGAUAGCUUUAUAAAAAGCACUUGUAAAUAAUUUUAUACUGCAUAUAUUUUUUUUUAUUUGUCCUUGUAUGCUGUGUUUUACAGAAUCAUGUAGUAAUGGAUUUGUAAUUUACAGUAUUUUAAUAAACUGUUCAAAUUUAAUAA